AUGAACGCGAUUGACGUGUUAGGUUUGAGGGACUCAAACCAAAGCAUUCAAUACAAAGCGCCUUAUGCGCAUCCAUAUGCCUCGUCGAUCUCGUCUUCGGCAUCCUCCUCUUCCUCCUCGGUUUUCUCAUUAGAUGCGGUAUCCACCCAAAGCUCCAACUCUUCGACCUCGACAAGCUCUGUCGAUGUCAUCUGGGAGAAUGAAGGUGAAUACCAGGCCGGGGGAAGAGGACUAGGUGCCACCGGUGGUGUGCGUGGUUGUUUCAGGGGCAACGCCCCAACUACUGCUGAUGCCGCUGUUCCGCCGGAGCUGCGCAAGCAUCCUCGACGUACCAGCAGUGGCUUGCAGUCUAACGGCGCAUCAUGCACGCGCCCUCCGCCCUGCCUUUUACGGCAAUCUGAGCGGAAGGUCAAUUUUGUCGAUAAUCUUGUCGACACUGCGUCAUUGAUCGUCGAAAUCAUUUGGCCCUUGUCCGCGGUCUCGCUUCGGAGUGAUUCAAAUACGGGAUGUAAAGGUGUUUUGCCUCUUCGGACUUUCAUCCAAGAAACACUUCGUCGUUCGCGGACUAGCUACAGCACGUUGCAAGUAGCGCUCUACUAUUUGAUUAAAAUCAAGUCGCACGUGCCAAGCCCAGAACAGACGCAGGAUCAGUCGCGAGCUAAGCCGGUUUGCCGGGCUAUGCAGUGUGGCCGACGCAUGUUCUUGGCGGCUUUGGUCCUUGCCUCAAAAUAUCUUCAGGACCGAAACUAUUCCGCUCGUGCUUGGAGCAAGAUUUCUGGUCUGAACACAGUUGAAAUCAAUCAGAAUGAGCUGAUGUUCCUGGAAGCUGUUGACUGGAAGCUUCACAUUUCUGAAGCCACUUUCCAACGCUGGACGGACAUCGUUCUGAAGUACACUCCUGGUGCCGGUAACAUGUUCGCCCUCGACGGGCAAUCCUGGCGCACCGUCAUUCCUAGACUCACACCCGAUUUGGAGGAAAUCGACAAUGAGCCCAUGACUCCUACGAGCGUGGGAGGAUUCGAGGGUGGCUUUGCAUCAAACUCCCCAUCGCCUCGCAGCGCCUGCACGCGGGCACCGACUUAUGCUCAUUCGGUCAAUGCAGAGCCUAAAUCGCUUCCUUCUAUUGCUCAGAUUCCUGAAUUCAACCGAUCAGACAGCUCCCUUCCAUCCUUGCCAUCAAUUCCACGACUUCCUUUGUUGCCAACUCCGCAGCUGACCCCCCAACCGAGCAAUGCUUCCACUCCUGCAGCGAGUGCUAGUCGCCCCUCCUACCGACGUCAAAUGUGUGCUGCCAUGUCCCAGAGUAUGUGUACAGCGCGGUCAAUAUAUGACCAGCGUCCGUCGCUUUGCUCAAAGGCUAGCAGCGCACUAGAUAGCUUCCCGACAUUUAUGCGUCGUUCUUCGUUGGCUCGCUCGACGUCAUCUGCAUCAUCGCCGGAGUCGAUGGUCUCGGAUGUCUCAACCCUGUCCUCCCAGUCCUCUCGCUCUUCCAUGUCCUCCAGUUCUUGUGGGACUAGUGCACCAACUCUACCUAGCUUAGCUAUGCAGGCGACUUUACGAUGCACUGGCAACUCGAUGAAGGGAGCCCGGAAACACAUGCCAAUGGUCUCACCCAUUGAUGAGCCUUCUUACAGCGAUGUGCCUAGCUCGCCAGAGACAUACCCGCGGCGAGUUCGAGAAAUUUCCAGCUUCUCGACUGAACCUCCGUCGGAUAUGACGUCGACUCAUGAAGCUGCACAAAGCCUGUGCCAGCUGUCGGGUGUCGCGUCUCAUCCCCAGAAGUCGGCCGGUCAAGCGUCACCACGACGCCAGUGCCGGAAACGUGGCCGGACCGGAUCUGAUGAUCUGCAGCUACAACAACAUGUGCGGCAUUUGAUACGUUCCGACACUGCUCCGGAAGGAACCGUUCUCCCGGACAGUAACAUGGCAAACUUGCUCCGCAUGUCUCAACAGUCUGUAGACCCUUCCCCGUCGCUCCCCUCACUGAGCGCUCUGGGUUUUGGUGUCCCGUUGUCUGGUCCAGCUGGAAUGAAGCGUGCUUGCUGUGGAAGUGAAGCAAGAAAGAUCGCUCUACACCCUGCGUUGCGCGUGGACUACUGA